UUCAAGCCGAUAAAGAUGGUAUACAGUGGUGUUUAUAGUUGUCAUAUAAGAAUGUGUUGUUUGUGAUAGGGUGUAUUGUCUUUGAUCGUGGAACAUUUAUUAUUUGGAUAUGUUGUAUUCGGAUAAAAAAGGAUGGGGUGUAUCAAUAGCCGUGCAGAUAUCAAUGAUCUAUAUCCCAAUAUAUUUCAAGUGAUAAAUGUUGAUGAUCUCGGUAAUUUAGUUACUCAAGGACGUUUAGAAAUAACAGACACAGAUAUAAUUUUAUAUCAACGCGAUAAACAGCCUAUCAAAUGGCCAUUGAAAUGUUUAAGACGAUAUGGUCAUGACGCUGAAAUCUUUAGCUUUGAAUCAGGUAGAAGAUGUUCUACUGGGCCUGGUAUUUAUGCUUUUAAAUGCCGUCAAGCAGCACAUUUAUUUAAUCUCGUUCAAACAAAUAUCCAAGUAUGUAAUAACAGUAUAGAUGAUACAAUAUCAAGAGAGCUUCCAGUUGCUGCUCAAACAGUUCCAUCUGGAACAAGAACGACAAUACCAUUUGAACCUAAUUAUUUAGAUCCAACGCCUACUAGAUUUAAUAACCGCAUUGGCACUAGAUUUGUUCAUAAUGAGCAAAAUGGAAUAGGAAGACUAAGUAGCGUUGGGAGUAGUAAUGGUCCUAUGUCACCUCAAGAAACUAUAAGUACACCAUCUCCACCACCUAUUCUACCACCACCGCCGCCACCACCGCCAUUACCAUCUACUAUUUCUCAUUCGCAUUCAUCUUCACUUUAUAUCAAUGAAGAAAUAUUGUCCAUUCCAUUGGAAAUGGAACACAAUAAUAAUAAAAGUCUUCGAAGAAUGACUCAGAGAUCCUGUGCAUUAAAAACUAGUUCUCCUUCUAGUGGCACAUGGGAAAUGGCAUCUGUAGCUAAAAAUCAAGAUAUUUCAUCUAGCAAUAAACCAUCGGUACCUUCAACGGUAUCCUAUAUGAAUGUGGACAUUAGUAAUGAAGUUAGUUCACUUUCACCAAGUCAUAGUACUUUUGAUCCAACUACGUGUGUAGAAGAAAUUAAUGAAUCAAAUGGUUUGGAACAUUCAUACAUGAAUAUAAAUCCUGGUAAUGAUCCAGCUGAUUCCAUUGCUACUAGGGUACAUGCCCUAUCAUUACCAGCCUUACAAUCUGAUCCGGAUGAUGGAUCGAGGCACUGUUAUGCUAAUUUAGAAUCAGCUGAAAUUGAAAGUUUAAAGAAAAGGUUUUCAGGGAUUUCUAUAUCUGAUAAAUCAUCUUUACCACCAUCAACGCCUACAGGUAUUGCCAUUAGAGAAGUUAAUUAUGCUGUUUUGGAUUUAGAUAGGAAAGAUGAAUCAUCGUUGGAUGGUGCGGUACAUUUGACACCAUCUCCUCCAGAGUCACCAAAUAAAACACAAGAAGGAUACGCUAUAAUAGAUUUCAAUAAAACAGCUGCUCUCAGUCAUUCUGUCAAUCCUAAUCUUUUAAAUGAUAAUGAAGGUUCUCGAAAGACACGUCACAAUUCCACAAUAAAUGACUUGUCCGCUUCUAGCAGACUCAGUUCAUCCAUUAGUGAGUAACACAUUCAUUAUUUUAUUAUACUCACAGCAGAUUAUUUAUGUAAUCGCACCAUUACAUAUUAUAUGCAUAUGCAUAAAAUCUUUAAUCUCUCAUAAAGUAAUAAUU